UUGCUAUGGGAUAUCUAUUUCGGGUUUCUUCCUUUUAUAGCGUGCUGUAGGAAAUUGCAGUGUGGCUCCCUGGAAGGAAUCGCGUAUAAAAGCUGGGCAAAGCGAGUUGGGCCUCUGUGCACCGGAGUCCUUUUCAAUCCCUUUCAGGCUUUCUUGUUUCAAGCUCGCCCCUCAAUCCCCGUCAAACAUGGCACCCAAGAAGAUUGAACCAAAGAAACCAGAGCUCAAAAAGCCAGAACCCAAGACUCUCGCCUCCAAGCCGACUCCCGAGCCUCUGCCCGACCAACCAAAGGAACCCGACUUCGACCCUAAGAGCAUCACUCUCGAAUUCACCAACGAUCAAAUCGAGGAGUUCAAAGAGGCCUUCACCUUGUUCGACCGAACCCCGAAAGGUGAAAUGAAGAUCACGUACGCCCAGUGCGGGGAUGUGAUGCGAGCCCUGGGCCGGAACCCGACCAAUGCCGACGUCCUCAAGGUGCUGGGGAAGCCGCGGCCGGAGGACAUGAGCUCCAAGAUGGUGGACUUUGAGACCUUCUUGCCCAUGCUGCAGCACAUUUCCCGCGCCAAAGACCAGGGCAACUUCGAGGACUUCGUGGAGGGCCUCAGGGUGUUUGACAAGGAGGGUAACGGCACCAUCAUGGGGGCCGAGCUGCGCCACGUCCUGGCGACGCUCGGGGAGAGGAUGACGGAGGACGAGGUGGACAGACUCAUGGCCGGGCAGGAGGACGCCAACGGGUGCAUCAACUACUCCUCCUUUGUGAAGCAUAUCCUCUCCGGAUGAACAGGACGCUUCAUCAGAAAGACUUCUCCUAAUUCCCCAUCACUUUAUGGACUCUUAAUUUAGCAUUUGUCCCGGUACCCCGCCUUCCUGUUGGGGCAAUGACACACUCUGGACACCCGUAUUAAUAAAGGGAAUUUCAUCACCAACCGCCUCCCCCAAAUGUCAUUUUGAGAAUAAACCGUAGUUGAAUUGAACGAGAAAAUGAGUUAUGCUAAUUAACUUUGUUAAAAUGAUUAGGGGAAAGUAUUGUGGGGACGGAAAAAUAAGACACAAAUAAAUAAUAGGA